CAGUUCACUGUGCUGUUCAAUUUUUGGUGUUGUCCUAACGGAUAUCUUAAACGCCAGCGGGUGUAGGACCCCCACAGGCCUGCUUGGUUUCCUGCGGCGGUUGGUAGCGGUUGGGGGACCUCAAAGCGCUGGUGACAGCUCCUCUGCAGUGAAGGGGACAAUGCAGCAGUAGAGAGGGGCCCGCGGUGCAGCACAACAUGAACGGCGAAGAGGAGUUCUACGACGCCGUCACAGGCUUAGAGUCGGAUGAGUCGUGUGAAGGCACAUCCGAGGCCAGCUUUAAAGAUGCCCUGGUGUAUGACGGCGCGGAGGACAGCGGCUCGCCGCUGCAGGAGAACGGAAUGAAGAAACGCAGGACCACCUUACCUGCACCCAUGUUUUCCCGGAGUAACUUCAGUGUGUGGGGGAUUCUGAAGAAAUGCAUAGGACUGGAACUGUCAAAGAUCACAAUGCCAAUCGAGUUUAAUGAGCCACUGAGCUUCCUGCAGAGGAUCUCUGAGUAUAUGGAGCACACUUACCUCAUUCACAAGGCCUGCUCUCUGUCUGACUCCAUGGAAAGGAUGCAGGCUGUAGCUGCUUUUGCUGUGUCUGCAGUGGCGUCUCAGUGGGACAGAACUGGCAAACCCUUCAAUCCCCUGCUGGGUGAAACCUAUGAGCUUAUCAGGGAGGCUGAAGGAUACCGUUUGAUAUCGGAGCAGGUCAGCCACCACCCCCCCAUCAGCGCCUUCCAUGCCGAGGGUCCGAACCAGGACUUUGUGUUCCACGGCUCCAUCUACCCCAAACUCAAGUUCUGGGGCAAGAGUGUGGAGGCGGAGCCCAAAGGAACCAUCACGCUAGAACUGCGAAAGCACAAAGAAGCCUACACCUGGACAAACCCCUUCUGCUGUGUACAUAAUAUUAUUUUAGGUAAACUAUGGAUUGAGCAAUAUGGAACAGUAGAGAUCAUCAAUCACAGCACGGGAGAUAAAUGUGUGCUGAACUUCAAGCCCUGUGGGAUGUUUGGGAAGGAGCUGCACAGAGUGGAGGGCUACAUCCAGGACAAAAGUAAGAGGAAGCACUGUGUGAUCUACGGGAAGUGGACUGAGUGCGUGUGGAGUGUGGACCCCCAGGCAUACGAGGCCCACAAGAAGGUUGAGAAGAAAGGGGGCGCCGACCCCAAGAAACACAAGCAGGAGGAGAGCGGGGUGCUGGAGAACGACGAUGCUGAUGACAUGCCCGAGGUGCAGGAGACUGUGGCAGUGAUCCCCAACAGCACCUUACUGUGGAGGAUAGCAGCACGACCUGCACACUCCCCGCAGAUGUACAAUUUCACCAGCUUUGCCAUGGCUCUGAAUGAGUUGGAGCCAGGGAUGGAGGCGGUUCUGGCCCCCACAGAUUGCCGCCUGCGCCCUGAUAUCCGUGCUAUGGAGAACGGUGACAUAGACACAGCCAGUAGAGAGAAGGAAAGAUUGGAGGAGAAACAACGAGCAGCGCGGAAAGAACGUGCAAAAGACGAGGAAGACUGGUCUACCAGGUGGUUCCAGUCAGGUACAAACCCAUACACAGGCUCCCAGGACUGGAUCUACACAGGGGGUUACUUUGACAGGAACUACACUGACUGUCCUGAUAUCUACUGAUGGGUGGGACUUUCUAACCACCCCCCAUCCUCCCAACAACGUUCAUAUCAUCUCCCAUUGAAACUCUGAGUGGUAGUGGUUUUGCUCUUUCGUUUUUGCUUUUUUAUUUUCUCUUGAAUGGCUGUUACCAUAGUAACUGACCUACACCAAUGGUUACAUUUUCCAAACAACAAAAAAAAGAACUCAUCUUACUUGACUUGGUGAGGAGGAGGGGGCUGAGAAAUGUUGGAUGUAGUGAUUUUUAUCUCAGUUAAAUUUUUUAAUAUGUUCAUUUAAGGGUACCUGGGGAUGUUCUUUGAACAGAUCAACCCCGAGGGAAAGUGUUUGGUUGGACUUACCAGGCAUUUAUGAAGCCACUUUGUGAAGGCCUGCAUUUUGAUGUGCUUGUGGUAUGCCACACUGGUGGGGCUGGGGUUCCAGCCCAGGUGGCAGUACAGCUGAUGGGGUGUCAAUGACUGAAGUGCUGCUGAACAACUUUUGAGUUGAAAUUUUCUGCUAGGCCCUACACCUGCCUGUGUCUGUUGUCUGUAAUAAAAGAGCAAGGUCACUCGCCGUUAUGCAGUUGGUCUCCUGAUUGAGGAAUAAAUCCCGAUGCUUGUUUUUUUAGUCAUGUUCUGGACAGAAUGGAUCAAAAAUUAGUACCGAAUGAUGUAAUUAUAUAUGGAUCUUGCACACAGUUAAGAGGUUUGUUUACUUUCUAGUGCAAACUAUUAAUGAUAUGAUAACAGAACUGUGCUGACUGGCAAGAGGUAUGCAAGACCAUCUGGCUGUGGUAUGUUAACUCACCUUUUCCCGAUUCUUAGCCAUUCUCCAGACCAGCCAACUAUAUUGUCACAUCUGGGGCUGACCAUGCUGUGGCCAGCCUGGGACAUGCUGUCAGCCAGGUUGAGUUUGCUUUGGAGCUGAGAAUGUGUGUAACUGCGAUGAGAGGGAACUGCAAACUUCAUGAAAACCAUGGUAGAUACAUCCCUCAUCCCAGCCCCCACCCCCCACAUCCGUGUCCCUGUCCCUGUCCCCGUCCCCGUCCCACCCCCGCCACUUUUAUAAAAACCAUAAGACUCAAAAAUCAAGCUUUUGCAGAAUCUCCUCCCCCUCCUCCACAGCGUUCACGUAAAGUACAAGUAAAAGUUGCGGAAUAUAUUUUGGUACAGUUAAAGGCUCAAAUCCGUUUUAGUCACAAACAAAUCAGUUUAUUUGACAUGCGUUGACCAUUAAGAAAAACGUGGGGUUGUGGAGUGAAAGACAAGCAUGUGCCUCAUGGAUGAGUUUUUCAUGGGACUCCUUGGAGUUCUCUCUCUUCUCCCAGAACCACACACACACACACACACACACCCCCCUCAUAUCUCCACAGUUAGAAUGAAUUAUCCCAGUACCAAUAUUUAUAUAUCACUGUACUUUACAUAACCUUACCCGAUGGCAGACACAUAUUUUCAAGGUUCCAGUGUGUGCUUGUUUUAUUUUUGGCCCGCACUUAGUAUGUAUGUACAUUAUAGUAAUGCAUGCUUGAUAAUGGUAGGGAUUUAAGUUUCGGUUUGUUGACAAGACAAAAUUAAAGCUGCUUGUGACAGUGUUUACCUAGUUAGCAAACUAAAAGGAUUUUUUUGGCAUAAAAUGAAUGAAUAGGA